AAAUAAUAAUAUAAAGUUUUUUAUUCGGAAAUUUCUUUGAUAUUUUCCUCUCACCUGACUGUACUACUACCUCAGCCUUUGACUCCCCACGCCCACGGUGCACCCACAUCACCUCGUUAAAAAGAUCCCAAACGCACGCGCUCCACGCACACACACACCCUAUACGCGCCGUCAUGGCCCUCUCUAUCAUCCCGAGUACAAGCAGCGGGGAGCACGCUGCGGCGUCAGCAUCGGCCACGGCCACGACCACGACGAAGCUGGGUCAGCUGAACGCGGCGGUGGAGCGGUCAUGGGUGGGGCGACGGUUCCGCCUCGCAGCGCGCGGGACUACGUUCACCACGGAGCUGCGUGCCGGCACGGCCACGUUCCUCACCAUGGCUUACAUCCUCGCCGUCAACGCAUCCAUCCUCUCCGACUCCGGCGCCACGUGCACGGUGGACGACUGCGACGUGCCGUCCCCAGGGUGCAAGUUCCCGCCCGUGGACCCCGGGUACGCCGCUUGCGUGGCGCGCGUCCGCCGGGACCUGAUCGUGGCCACCGCGGCGUCGUCCGUGAUCGGGUCCUUCAUCAUGGGCGCCUUCGCCAACCUCCCCAUCGCGCUAGCACCCGGGAUGGGCACCAACGCCUACUUCGCCUACACGGUUGUCGGCUUCCACGGCUCCGGCACGCUCCCCUACCGCACGGCGCUCGCGGCGGUCUUCCUCGAGGGCCUCAUCUUCCUCUUUAUCUCCAUCGUGGGCUUGCGGUCCAAGCUCGCGCAGUUCAUCCCCACACCUGUGCGGAUCUCGGCGUCCGCGGGGAUCGGGCUAUUCCUGGCGUUCAUCGGGCUGCAGAGCAACGAGGGCGUGGGGCUCGUGGGGUUCAGCUCGUCGACGCUGGUCACUCUGGGUGCGUGCCCAGCGUCGCAGCGCGCGUCUGUGGCGCCAGUGCUGACGUUCCCCAACGGCACGGUGGCGCUGAUGCCGGGUGGCACCGUUUCCGGCGGCAUACUCUGCCUCUCGGGGCGAAUGACCUCCCCGACGUUCUGGCUGGCCGUCGUGGGGUUCCUCAUCAUCGCCUUCUGCCUCAUCAAGCGCGUUAAGGGCGCUCUGAUCUACGGCAUCCUGUUCGUGACCUUCGUGUCCUGGCCGCGCCACACCGCCGUCACCGCGUUCCCGGACACGCCCGCCGGCGACGACAGCUUCCACUACUUCAAGAAGGUGUUCGACGUGCACCGGAUUCGGUCCACGGCCGGCGCGCUCGACUUCAGCGGCAUCGGCCAGGGCUACUUCUGGGAGGCGCUCUUCACCUUCCUCUACGUCGACAUCCUCGACACAACCGGCAGCCUAUACACCAUGGCGCGGUUCGCCGGAUUCGUGGACGAUGCGACGGGAGAGUUCGAGGGCCAGUACUUCGCCUUCAUGUCCGACGCGACGGCCAUUGUGUUUGGCUCGCUCCUGGGCACGUCCCCAGUUACGGCGUUCAUCGAGUCGUCGACGGGGAUCCGAGAGGGCGGCCGGACGGGGCUGACGGCGCUCACGGCGGCGAUCUACUUCGCGGCGGCGCUGUUCAUCACGCCGGUGCUCGCUUCGAUCCCGUCUUGGGCGGUCGGGCCGCCGCUGGUGCUGGUUGGCGUGAUGAUGAUGCGUGCGGUGGCGGAGGUGGACUGGGACGACAUGCGGCAGGCCGUGCCGGCGUUCCUAACACUAGCGCUCAUGCCGCUCACCUACUCCAUCGCCUACGGACUCAUCGGCGGUAUCGCCUCCUACAUGCUCCUCCACUCGUGGGACUGGGCGUGCCAAGCGACCAGGAGGCUCGGCUGCCUCAAGAAGGGCGGAGGCGGCGCCGACAGCACUAAUGGCGGCGUGGCAGAGCAGAGCGUGGAAGAGCAGAGAAAGGAUAUGGAAUCGGCAUAACAUUUCUUUCGCCUUUUUGUCCUCUCUGCCUUUCAAAUUUCUUAUUUUUUAGGGAAUUUAGGUACUUCGGUCAACCUCAAUGGCCAUUGUUUCAUUUUACAGUUUUUAACAGUGCUACGUCAGGUCCAUAAGAUAGUUUUAUGUUGCGGUUUCAUAGCCCAUACUGAACCUUUGACAGGGCGUAAAUUAAUAGAGGAACUAGGGUAGAUGAUUACAUGACAGUCAACUGAACUACUACAAGAAGAAAGUAUAUCUCCCAGUUUCCUUCUUGUACACCACCUUCUCCUUGUACAUUACCUUCAAAAGUUACACAGAAAUCAGCUUACGUUCAGGAAUAUAAGUUUCAGGAUAGAGCCUGUGCAUCUGAUUGCCAAAGAACCCAUGUAACUGGAGUGAGGUUCAUGUUUUUUCACGCCCUUGGUUUAUUCUUUCUUUCACAGGUACAAAAACAAAAUGUAUAGCAGAGAAUUUGGAUUCGGAAUUGCAAGGGGGGAAAAGAAACUACUUGGCCAAUAAGAUGUAGAGGAGAGCAGACGCAAGAUCAAAACAUGAACAAUCCUCACUUUUUUGCUCACUUGUUGACCUGCGGAUUCACAGAAUUACAGAAACUAUAGCAGCCAAAUUAUUGCGGUUCUAGAGUGGAUCCCGCAGAGCUUUCAAACUGGGCGGUGCCGGUGGCGGCUGCCGCAGGACAGGAGCCGUGCCGAGGUUGCUCGCCGCCGGAUGUCCUUGUCGCGCUUCUGUCGGAUUUGGUAUGUGACGGGACGAAGGGGAUCCAGCCAUCCAGGGCACAUGCAGAUGAUGCUGGAUUCGGGAGAUUGAGAGAAGAUGGCAGCAGAGGGAGGCGCUGGUGUAAAGCCGCAGCAGAUCGGAGAAAGUGACGCAGAUGAAACGAUUAGGCUCUCUUGGAACAACGUUGGGAUUGGCCUGAAUAGGAGCUCGGAAUUUCAUGAACAAAUGGUCGUCUAUUUUAUUUUAAAAAUAUAUAGUCAUGUACAUCCUGAGACAUAAGUCAACCUUUUGGCAUAAAUUGUUCCCGAGGACAAUCAGAGUAAAAAAACUAGAGGUGUUUUCUAUAUUUUACGACCAAAUUUACCAAACAAAUUGCACACAGACUUAAU